AUGCAGGGUGUAUUUCUGAAACAGGGUCCUGGAUCAGCUCUCUUACUCCUGCAUACCUGGACCUGGGCGUGGACAGGAGCCAUCGAGCCCGCCCCCAAAAUUGACGGACAUCAGUACUCUGCAAUCACAGUGCAGGAAAAUGUCACUCAUCAGUUCAGCUGCCAGUCAGAUGGCUGGAACCCCAAUAGCCCACCUCUGCUGACCUGGUACCUGAAUGGGGAGAGGCAGAGGGAGAUGACUGACGGCAAGGGGGCGGGACGUAUCGUGGUGAAGUCACCGGCAGGGGCGGAGAUGCUGAAACGCAAUUCCCUGCACAACACCACGUUCUCUCUGAAAGCCAGGAAAUGGGACAGGGAGUUGGUGUGUGCAGCGUCCAACCCAGAGAGCAGAGAGAGCUACAAUGCCACGGUUAUUCUCAACGUCCAGUUUGAACCUGAGAUUUUGAGAGUGAAAGCCCACUACAGUGAGACGUCAGACCCCGGGCUGUCCCUAGUCCUGUUCGCUUUGGUACGGUCCAACCCUCCCGCCACCAUCACCUGGGUGGAUCAGUCCGGACGUCUGGUGGCCAACACCUCUGACUUCCUCAUCCUGGACUCGCAGAGCUACCCUUGGUUGACCAAUCACACGCUUCGAGUCGCCCUCAGCAGCCUGGCCGGCAACAUAUCGGUGAACGCCAGCAACAGCAUAGGCUCCGCCCAGAGCAACCUCACUCUCACAGAGUUCCUGCACUCUCGGGUUGAGGUUCCGAUGCUGGGGAUCGUGACGGGGGGUGCGGCCGCCUUCAUCACGCUACUCAUCCUCACUCUGAUAGUGUUCUGUCUCCUGCACAAGAACAAGAGCAAAGCCAUCGAGGAAUCAGUGGAAAUACCCAUGACCAAACAAUGUAAUGAUGUAGGCAAAGUGCAGGUGGACAGUGUGUAUUUACCAAGAGAGAACAUGUCUCUGCCCUCCAAUAUGCAACUGAAUGAUCACAGCACUCUGUGUAAAGGACAACCAGACCUCAGACAGAAAUCAGAGGAGAGGAAGACCGAGGAAGAGGAGGAAGAGGAUUUAUCUGCAGCCUAUGCAGCCCGAGGUUUUGCACGCUACCCUAUGGUCGGUUACAUCUAUAAAGUUAACAGUGUGAGCAGUGAGGAGAUUUGGCUUUGA